CUGGAAAAUACUAGUUUCAGGACAGUCUCAAUGAAAUCUCCUUUCCAUACUGAAGGGUAAUGUUUUCUUAACAAUGCAAUUAGCCCUUAGUAAGCCUAAAGGUCACUUACAGGGAACUUUGUCACCUGAUUGCUCUGACAGUGGGAGAGCGGGGCCAAAGCCUGGACUUAGUGGGCAGCGAAGACAGGCAUCUGGGAUCCCUUUCAAGGGAAGGGGGCAUUGACAAAGCCCUUGGAAAUGAAAUAGGAGCCUUCACCUUACGGAGGUGACUCUGUGCAGUGGAGAAAGGAGGGAACCGGGUCUUCUGGAGGUGAUGCGUAAUACGGAAAGAAGAGGGGAGAUACAGGUUGGGUGUUGGGAGGCAAGUGUUGAUUCUGUUGAGGGUGGGGACGCACUGGAACAGGUUGCCCCGGGACGCCGCCAUGUUGCUUGGGGGCCUGGGACCCACUCCGCCCUGGAGGGGGUAGGCGUGAUGUCACAGUGGGUGGCGGGGAGCAGGCAUUGUGACGCGCGGGGCUGGGAGCAGAGCAAAGGCUGCCGGGCUCAGAGCGUGUGUCAGUGCGGCCUGGCGAGGUGCAGAGAGAGCAGGGACUCUCCAAGUGCUCACCGCCGAUGCGCAACAUGUCCAGUAGGAAGCGGAAGUCCCCCGACUCCGGGGAGCAAGCGUGCGUGCUGUGUCGCCGCGCGGAUGUCAACCCGGACAUCUGCGGGCGCACCUUUGCCGAGAGUGACCUCUGUGUGCAUGAGUUCUGCUUGCUUUUUGCCAACAUCCGCUUUGAGGAAAGCGCCCCCUGGGAGGAAACUGUGGGCCUCCCGGUUGGUACCAUCAGGUGCAGAAUCAAGCAGGCAGACCAGAAGCAAUGCUUUGUUUGUGGCGAGAGAGGAGCCGCCAUCAGCUGCGCAGAGAGAGGCUGUGCACGCAGCUUCCACCUGCCCUGCGCCGUGGACGGCGAAUGUGUCACCCAGUUCUUUGGGCAGCACAGGUCCUUCUGCCGCGAGCACCGCCCGCGACAGGCAGUGGAGGCAGCUCCAUCCCAAGGCACCGACUGCGUCAUCUGCCUGGAGCCCAUGGGGGACAGCACGUCCUACCAGACCCUGAGGUGCCCAGCGUGCAAGCACACCUGGUUCCACCGCAGCUGCGUCCAGGGGCAGGCCAUGAACGCCGGCACUAUGUGCUUCCAGUGCCCCAUUUGUCAAGACACGGAGCAGUUCCGUGCAGAAAUGUCCACUCUGGGGAUCCAAAUCCCAGUCAGGAGACCGUCUUGGUGGGAUGACAGGACCUACCCAUCGCUUCUACGGAGGCACGGGCGCUGCGAUGUCAGCACGUGCCUUUACCCAGGAGGCAGGGAGCAGGAAGAGGCGGAUGGGCCCUGGCAGCUGCUCCUCUGCAGCUCCUGUGCUGCAGAAGGGACCCACCGACGGUGCUCCUACCUGAGCAACAGAGUUAACAGCUGGGAGUGUAACAGCUGUGCUGGCGUGGGCACCGCCUCCAGCAGCAACACGGAGCGCGCCGGCCCCAGUACUUCCAGCCAAGGGGCUCUGGAGCCUCCCCGUGGCUCCCAGGGACUGGAGAACAUCAGCUCCGGCCCCAGCAGCCAGGCAGCAUCGGGCCUACCGCAGAGAUCCCAGCUGCCUGAGAACAGCCACCUGCCCAGUGAGCCUGGGACACGGCAGAGGACAGUCCGCCCACGCCUCCCUGCGGAUCACGAGGCAUCUCGACACCGCGGGAGCGGCCGUACAACAGCCCCACGCACCAGCAGCGGCUCCCGCAGGUCCACCCAACAGAGGGCAUCGCGGCCCUCCGCAGAUUCCCCGGUGGCUGCGCCCAGGAGGGGUCCCAGGCAGCAGGGGACGGGCCGGGUACGAAGCCGCUCCCCGCUACAAGAUCGGGCCUCGCGUUCCCAGAGCCGGCCCAGAAGAAGCCGUGGCAGCAGACAAACGCCACGCCAAGCUGCACGGAGCAGCACACUCUGCUCGGCCACCCCAGUGACAUCGAGGCCCUCGAGGGGUUCCCCGCAGCCGGGACACAGAAGAGCCUCCAGGCAGCAAGGGAGGGCCCACACAUGAAGCCCUUCCACAGCGGGACGUCAGGCUGCGACUUCCCACAGAGACCCGAGCACACCGCGGCAGCCGGUCCCAACAGCGGCGGCCAGCCUGGGCACAAAGCUGCUCCCAGGUCGGUCCAUCAGCAGAACCAUAAUCUCCACAGCCCGACCCUCAGUGUGCAUAGGAACAGCCGUGUGCCAAUGACACCUGCUCAACUUGGUCAACAUCAGCCAAGACAAUAAAUCCCACACUCAUUUACACCA